AAAUCCCUCGAUAUCAACUGCUCUUAUAAAAAGUGACUUCUUCGUAUAGAGAUCGACGACUAUAGUGAAACCUAUUGCUUGAUGGAGACAUAUUUAUGCGAGGAAUCUCCCGAAUACGAACGUUGGACAAUUUUCUUUGGCCACGAGAAAGAUCGAUAACACCUAUGACGUUGGAUGGUGAAAUAGGUGUGAGAGGAAUCGCCCACCAGACGACAAUUAUAAUAUAAUACGAUGAUAAAACACCCCCCAAAAUCCAAAAAGUAUUAAAUAAAGCGCUGCAGACGGCGAUCAAUUAAGUGAAUUGGUGUGUUUGUCCGUGACGUCAAACGUAUUUGCCCAAAUAAUCAGAUUCAGCGUGAGACAAAAUGACGCCUCGAGCCCCUUUUCCUCAUUACUCUUUAGCAUUUAGUUUCGCAUGGGUUGUGAGCCAAUAGCCACGAGCUGUGAUCUGCUCGGUUCGGGUCUGGUCUGGUCUGGUCUUCUGGUCUUCUCAAUGGGGGCUGAUAGCUCUCGCGUAGGCAGGGCACUCACUAGUAUAUAAAAUCUUAUGAUUCUGCUCAAACUUUCGCAGUUUAUCCGAUUAAAGCAACUGAGACAAACGGGGAUUUUUUUUUCGUAUUUCGUUCGUCUGCUUUUUCGUUUCACCCGUUCAACGAUGUGCCUGCUACUUUUGCUUGCUCUAUGCGUGGGCAUGAUCGGCGCUCGACCUUUGACCUCAACGGAACAACCAUCACAAGGACGCCAUCCCGAUUGGCCUGGUGUACCCGAUGAACGCUUGGCCGAUGCUGAAGUGGAUAACGCCUACGAGUUGUUCAAGUGGCAAACCGAACGAUCAACAAGUGCAAAGAAUUCUAAAGUCGAUAUGGGGUCAAUAAAUCGUGCAAUGACUAAUGAAUUACAAGUCAAGCUCAAUAAUGCCUAACGCUUAUUUUGUGCUGCUUACGUACUUUAGUAUUAAAUAAGUUGUUUAGAGAAAAAAA